UUACAUGAACUCGAUAACCUGGCCCAAUCAUUAUCAGUGUUAUAGGUAUGUACGGUAUAACAAAACGUAAUUAUCGAUUCGAGUUUUAAGCUUAUUCUCAAGCCUGCGCGUUUUCUCAACUUACACUACUCGGAGUUCAGUCAUGUUUUAUCAAGUUCUACGUAUUCUUCUGAGUUUUGUAACAAUUUUUUAUUGUGUUAACGGUGAAAAUGUACCCCAAAAAAAUGACAAACGCGUAGACAUCGACUUACAAAUGUGCGUCGAAAGCUUCGAUGUCCAUAAGAACAAGAUCAUCAGGACUGAGGAUUCUCAAGAAAUGGGGGCCAAGUAUAUUAACGAGAUAGAUUUGGAUUCCCGAAAAGAAUGUCUCAGACUUUGUUGCGAAACUGAGCAAUGCGAUGUUUUCGUCUUCGAAGAAAAGAGACCAGGAAGUUGUUAUCUUUUCCAUUGUGGACCACCCGAUGACUUCAAGUGUAAGUUUACGAGUCAUGCUAAUUAUACCAGCGCAGUCCUCACUAUGAAUCUCAAUUCCCGAAGUACUGUUGAACUUGAAGAACAAAUUCGAAGGACACAGCAAGAUCAUGAUCUUCAAUCUCUGAGAAAGCUAGCAGAUAACUCACCUGCAGAAUAUUCUGUUCUGGAACCCACUGUGUCUGCAGUUACUGAAAUGUCAAAAGUAGUCAUUAUAACAACUGCUGCCUCAGUUAAACCAGCCUGCAGCCGAAAUCAAUUUGAAUGUCGCACUUCUGGAGAUUGCAUCGCUAUAUAUAACGCAUGUGACGGUAUACCACAAUGUGCUGAUGGUUCCGAUGAAGCAUCGGAAUUGGGAUGUCCCACUAAGAAACCUUCGAUGCCUCCACCGAUUGUAAUCCAACAACAACCUUUGUCAGCGCCAGCUAAUUCAGCUAAAUAUCAGCCAUCAAUGCAGCAUCACAAACCUUAUGAUGCUGCAUAUGGGCAUGAAGAGAAAGAUUCCAGAGCCUGGCAGCUGUCGGGUCAUCAACUAGCCCCACAGCAGGAAAGAAUACAAUACCCUCAGCAAGUUGUUAUUUCACAACCACAAGUAAAUUUAGGUUCGCAAAGAUAUCAGUGGGAAUAUCAACCCUUAUAUGAACAAAGUAAAGAAAAUUUCAAUUCCAUCAAUUCAUUUCGUGGACCAAGCAACACUAAUCCAUACGAGCCAGAACAAUCGCAUAUAUUCAACCACAAAGGGCCAGGAGUCAUUGGUGAAGGUGGUGAUGGAAGUGCUUAUAUAGAUCAAAAUCGACAAUAUGUUCCAUACUAUCCACCGGAUAAUGGGAAUUGGCAGGAAGGUCAGCCACAACAGCCACCUUCGAUAUCGCCAACGCAACAAAAUAUUCCAUCUCUGAUGCCAAAAUUACAGCCUCAAAUUACUGCCAAACCUCCAUUGUGCAAUAAAGAUGAUGAAAAUAAAGGUAACACUCCGCCAAUAACAGAUGUGGUGCAAUCGAGUAAAUCUAUAGGGCAGAAGAAUUCGAUUAUUCCAAAAGCAAAAAUUGAAAUACAUGACAGCGUGACCUCUGAAAUAAACAAAAAGUCACACCACAAUAUAGCAGACACAGCUAAACCACAUAAACACUCGGAGACAAAGAUCUUUGUCGAGCAGUCAAAUGAAGAAAUAAAAGGUCACUUAACUAUGGACCGUUUGCAAGACAGUAAUGAGGACAGAGAUCUGAGACCAAGGGGUGCAGUAAUAUCGUUAGCCCUUGGAUUAACAACAACCGCGUUAAUGGCUGCUUUGAUAGCUUGUCGAUUAAGAAUGGUUAGACGACGAGGCCGGCGUGGUCAUGGACCAUAUGCGCAUGAUGCUGAUUACUUAGUCAACGGAAUGUACCUUUGAAUAAAUCCUAGUUAAGGUAUGAGAUUAGGAUAUUGGGUAAAUGCGAAACUGUAUUAAAAUGAUUGGAUGAUCUUUAUACAUUCAAUUGACGUAUUAUAGAUAUAUUACCUGUUACAAUAAAUUCUUUUUCAAGAA